ACAGCUUGGUAUUGGUAAUCGUAAAUCGAAGAUCGUAAAUAAUUGGUUUCACGAGAAUUAAUGAUUUAAAUAAUAAAGUCUUCGUAUAUCUUGAUAAAUGAUUUACCCAUAUGAACUAAAAUUUGUGUGUGUGUUAUAAGUCAGCAGAUUUGUCGGCCUUGUGAGCUCUAGCCACAAUGCCCGGCACAAACUUAAUCGUUCCCGUGGUCCUUUGGGGCAAACACGCACCCACCCACUGCAUAUCAUCGGUGUACCUCUCCCGUGACCAGAAGACCCUGGUGACCGGCUGCUAUGACGGUCAGAUCUGCAUCUGGCAAGUGGAUCCGGUGUCUCUGAAGAUGAUCCCGAGGUGUCUGCUCGUCGGUCACACGGCGCCUGUCACUUGCUUGUCCAGGGCCUCUAUUAUACAGGAUAACAACUUCAUCGUCAGCUCGACGGUAGCUGGCGAGAUGUGUACCUGGGACCUCGUGGACGGGAAGUGCAGGGAGAGUGUUAAACUGACGCAGAUACAUACGAACAUACAGGCGUACCAUAUGUGCAACAGUGAAGACCUACGUCUCUUCUGCAACGGUUACUACGCUGAGAUCCUGAUCAUGGAUCCGUUCUCUUUGGAGAUACUCUUCUCACUAAGCUCCAAGAUGAAUCCGGACUGGAUAUCUGCUUUGCAUGUCCUCCGUCCGUCGUCGCGGAAAGAUGAUGUCGUUCUUGCCAUCUCUAUUACUGGAACGGUCAAAGUAUGGUCCCUCCUCGGCCACGAGAACAAACAAUCCGAGCCGAUUUACGAGAAUGAAUCAAAACAAAUACGAUGUUUGAACGCGUUGUCGCUCAACUGCUGCGCCUACAAUCAGCGCACCGUGUUGAUCGUGUGCGCUAAAUACUGUCAGAUAUAUGACGCAGGUGAUUUCUCCGUGCUAUGCUCUAUACAAGCGCCAUCUGGCGAACGCUGGAUGUCUGGUGAUUUUUUGGCCCCAGACCGCGUUCUGGUCUGGUCUACUGAAGGGAAAGGCUACAUGUACAAGUUACCCGCUAACUCUUGUGUUCCGCAACAAAUUGACAAACAAGAGUGGGGAAUUGAGAAAUCGCUGACUGAAAACGUCACAGCUAUAUACUCGGUACCUGAUCACAAAGGGUUCCACGGACCCACCGUGGACCACGAUAGUCCAGUGCUGUUCAGUAUACUGGCACACCCUGAUAAUAAGCUCCUCUCAUGCCCUCCCGCCAUGAGAUUCGUCAUCACAUCAGUUGGCGGGAAACAACGUCGACUGUUACUCCGUGGGGAUUCCCACGGUGUGGUAUCUUUGUGGAAUGUGGACGAUGCCGCUACGCCUGUUCCCAAUCAGUUGCCAUGGCAUGCUCCUAUAAAGAACACAAGUCUGGACAUGGCCUGGGCUGAGAUGAAUCCCAGCCCGGUCGGGAUUCUGGACCAAUUGCAUCAUCCAGAUGAACCAGAAAUCAAACUCACUGCUUCCAUAUAUCUGCUCGCGGCUAACCGCCUGGUGGUAGGCAGAGAGGACGGCUCCAUAGUGAUAGUGAACGCCACUCACACGGUGCAGCUGCAGCUGCUGCACGGCCCUCAUCAGCAGCUUGACGACUGGCCUCCUCAUCAGCUCCUACUUGGCCACAAUGGAAGGGUGAACUGCCUCCUGUACCCUCACCACGUUCAUCAGAGAUACGACAAAGCCCACCUUGUGUCCGGCGGUAUAGAUUUCGCCGUGUGCGUUUGGGACCUGUUCAGCGGCGCGCUACUGCACAGAUUCUGCGUUCAUGCCGGGGAGAUCACCCAGCUGAUAGUGCCGCCCAGCAAUUGUAGCCCAAGAAUACAGAAGUGCAUAUGCUCGGUGGCUUCAGACCACAGCGUCACACUGCUCAGUCUAACCGAACGCAAAUGCGUCACUCUCGCGUCCCGCCACCUGUUCCCCGUGGUGAGCAUCAAAUGGCGGGUCGCGGACGACUUCAUGGUGGUGGCCUGCAGCGACGGCACCGUCCACGUGUGGCAGAUGGAGACUGGACACUUGGACAGGGUAUUACAUGGUAUGAUAGCUGAGGAAGUGCUGGCCGCGUGCGACGAAGCCCUGGCCGAUGACCUGGGCGGGUCGCUGUCACACGGCUCCGGCGACAUGCAGGGGCUGGCCAAUCCAGCUGUGCACUUCUUCAGGGGUCUUCGCCACCGCAAUCUGACAGCCAUGCGAGCGGCCACCCAGCGUGGGUUGGCGGCGCUGCAAUCCACGGGUGGGGCCGGCGGUGGGGGACCUUUAGCUGAACCGGCGAGGCCCAGGCGGGCAAUGCUCACUGUGCAAGGGUUCCGGUCCAAUCCUGCAGAUCCUGAAAGCCACAUCCUGUUCUUCGACAUCGAAGGUCUGAUCGUGGAACUGCUCAGUGAGGAGUACUCCGCCAUGAGUCCGGCUAGCUUGGAGGAGGCUGGAUUGGUGACCAGUGAAUACAUGAAUCUGGCUGCCCUUACGCAGUCUGCGAGUCCCGAUGCCACUAAACGGAUAUCCGGUAUUCUGGCGAAGAUGAAGGAAGGCGCUGAGACUAUGCAGACGAAACUGCAGGCCAAAGCCGAGCAGCUGAAGGGGCAUUUGGAGCAUAAAGAAGACACCACGCACGCCAAACGGCAAAGACCAAAGGACAUGUCGUUGGCAGAGCCACCUCACACCAUGGAGAUAGCGCAGAUCCUGAUGUCGCUGCUGCAUGCCUGGGGUCUCAACCCGGACCUGGACAGGGUCUGCGAGUCCAAACUCGGCCUGCUCCGGCCUAUGGUACCCGUGUGCUUCGGCGUGGUCUCCCGCCACGGUCACAUGGCGGUUCAGCUGCCGACGAGGCUGUCGGAGUGGGAGGUGGCCUGCUCCGCCGCCCCCGAUGACCCGGCGUUACUCAGCUCCAAUCUACCACCGGAGCUGUUGAAGCAGGAGAAAUUGACCAGGCUGUUCACCUCCAAACUCCAUUGGGAGCUGAGCACCACAUUGACCACGAACCACUUGCUGUCCAUCGUGGCUCUCGCCAACACCCUCAUGUCCAUGAGGAACGCCAGCUUCGUACCCGAACAGGAGAUCGCCAGGAGGCGCCACAGACCGUCGACCCGAAGUUCUGCGUCCUGGGCUGGUGAUGAAGAGAGGGAGGAACAAUUGGCAGCCCAGCAAAGCCACAUCAAACAGGGAUGGUCUCUACUGGUCACCCUGCAUAGUGUGUUACUGCCCGAGACUGUGGUGGCCGCAGGCUCCAAGAACUUCAAACGCCCUCAGGUCGAAAUGCUCGCGCGCAGAUGGCAGCACCACUGCAUCGAAGUACGGGACGCGUCGCAAGCGCUGCUUUUGGCCGAGUUGGGCCGACUCGGGCCGAAGGGCAGGAAGGCGUUGGUCGACAACUGGGCCCAGUACCUGCCUUUGUAUACUCACACGGAGAGUAUCAAUCCGCAGGCGGUGCCUAAAGAGCAUGCUGAGAAGCAAGAAGACGAAUUCGAAGAAGAAGAGGAGGAGAUAGUCCGCAAGCCAUCGUCACUGGCGGAACUGAAGCGGAAGCAGACCACGGCAGUCGUGCUGUUGGGCGUCAUCGGCUCCGAGUUCGGGCAGGACAUCACUAGCGAGGGUCCCGCCGGCAAAGGUCGUCACAAGAGCGAUCGUAAGAGCUCCGUGGUUGAAGGAUUCACCCUGAGCGCGUCCAACAACCUGGCGCGGCUGACUGCGCUGGCGCUGACGCACCUGCUGCUGUCGCCGGCCAGCGCGCGCCUGCCCGCGCACACGCCGCUGCGGCGCGCCGCCGUCGACCUGCUGGGCCGCGGGUUCACCGUCUGGGAGCCCUAUCUGGACGUCAGCCAGGUGCUGCUGGGGCUCCUAGAACUGUGCUCGGACGCCGACAAGCUAGUGCCGUCGAUGACAUACGGGCUGCCGCUCACGCCGCAAGCGGACUCGUGCCGCACCGCUCGGCAAGCGCUCACGCUCAUCGCCACCGCCCGUCCCGCCGCCUUCAUCACUACGAUGGCCCGGGAGGUAGCCCGCUGCGCCGCCGCCCAGCAGAGUGGCCAACCGUCUCCAGCUUACCACGCCUUGCAGAAAGGCAGGGCCGAAGUCCUCAGAGGCAUAGAGCUGCUCAUAGAUAGGAUGCACAAUGAAGUGGCCGAGUUGUUGGUCGAGGUUAUGGACAUAAUCCUGCACUGCGUCGACCAGUCUCAUCUGAAGAGUAAAGGUCUCAACGAAGUGUUCCCGGCCAUCUGCCGCUACAACCAGGUCUCCCACUGUCCCGCCACCAGGAGGAUAGCCGUGGGCAGCCACACGGGCCAGCUGGCGAUGUACGAGCUGCGCGCGGGCCGCUGCCAGUCGCUGGCGGCGCACGGCGGGCCGGUCACCGCGUGCGCGUUCAGCCCGGACGGCCGCUAUCUAGUCUCGUACGCGACGCACGACAACAGGCUGUCGUUCUGGCAGAGCACGGCUGGCAUGUUCGGCCUCGGCGCCGCCCAGACUCGCUGCGUCAAAUGCUACAGCACGGCGCCAAUGGCGGACGUGGCGAGACUGAACCCGGCCAGGCUCGCUCGCCUGGUGUGGACCAACUCCAGGACUGUCACGCUGAUGCUGGCCGACGGCUCUGAGACCAGGUUCAACGUGUAGGUCGGCCGGAUUCAGAAACAGUAGGACUGUUCGAUAUUUAAAAAAUAAUUUAAAAAAAAAAAACAACUUUGUAUCCAUGAUUGUCGUUGAAAAAAAAAACGUAGUCAUAUUACUAACGAAUGAAUGAUUUUAAAAAAUUUACCACUAUGUAUCCAUUAUUGUCGUUGAAAAAAAAAACUUGUAGUCAUAUUACUUUUAUGGUCAUGUACCUACAAAUACUGUUUUGGUUUGGAAGAAAAUUGCAAAAAAAAACGUAGGUUAGGACAACUAAGCCGAGCUACUUUCUCAGCAUCCGUAGCAUGGCACGACGCGCGACGCCGUUUUUAUCGCGCGAAUAACAAUCGACGUCACGUUUCUCGUCAUAAUAAAAAAAAGCGAAACAGCGGUUUUUUUUUGUGUGCCGUACUACAGAGGCAGCAUCUAUCUUCAAACAACAUGACCAAUGAAACUAACAAUGUAGUAUUAAAAUGUAUAUGAAAGUAUAAAUUAUAUGUAUAUCUUAUGAAAGGCAUAUGUAUUUGGGUCGAAUACAUUAAUGUUAAGGAAUUAUACGAGUAUUAAAAGAGAAUAAUUUAAUUAAAAAAAAAUUAAUAACUCAGAAUAAGGUACGAGUGAAUGCUCGUGGUAAUUGUAGCAAUUAUUUAUUUAUGCUAUGCUUGUUUCCUGCUAGUUAUGGCAUGUUUGUAGCGCACGCUUUAAAGUUGUACCACAAGUUUGUAUCAUAAAUUGUGCACACAAACUUUCGGAACUUUUUCAUUUAUUCAUUCAUUCAUAUAAUCACGUCUAUAUCCCUUGCGGGCUAGACGGAGCCAGCAGUCUCGAAAGACUGAUAGGCCACGUUCAGCUGUUUGGUCUAGUCGAAGGGAUGAAUGAAAGCAGGUUGACUAAGCAAAUAUAGAAAGGGAGUGUGAAUGGGACUGUUGGAGUGGGAAGGCCUAGGCGAACGUACCUUGAACAAAUCGAAGACGUUCUGGCAAAAGGUCAGGUCAAGUGUACCCGAAACCAACAAGGUUACAUGUAGAGAGUCAUGAAUGUGUAUGAAGCGAAGGAAGUAUGCAGAGAGCGUGGCAAGUGGAAAGAUGUGGUGUCUGCCUACCCCUCCGGGAAAGAGGCAUGAUUUAUGUAUGUAUGGACAGUGGACAAUCGGGCAACACUGUUUCGCACUUCAUUCUUAAUAUUUAAAACCAUUUAACCAACGGUUUUAUAUAAACUAUAUAUACCUAACAAAAAUCAAUAAAAUAUAACAUUGUAUUGUUACGCUUGUAAUUUAGAAUAAAAUUAGAAAAUAAAUGUAGAUCCAUGUUUAUUGUAAAAAUAAUGUAAUGUACAUUUAAUAAUUGUGUUUUUUCGAUUUAAUAGGCUGGCGUUAGAUUGGCAUUAUGAAAGAGAAUGAAGGUACGAGUAAUUUAAUUGUUCAAAAAAUUUUUGUUAAUAUAGAACGACCUCCAGUCGAUACCCUCCUUUUUUGAAGUCGGUUAAAUUUCUAAAACCUUCUCCUAAAUAUAACAAACACUUUCCUGAAAACCCGCAUCUAAAUCAGUUCAGGAAAUCAGGAAAUCGAAUCAAUCUUUCACUUCUUUUUGCGAAUCUAACGCUGGAAUAUAAUUUAUCGAUGUUUAUGUUGUAUGUAUUGUUAUAAGUAUUUAAGUUAUGCUGUUAUGUAAAUUAUAAUAAAUGGUUAUAAACAUA